UGCGCAUUUCGUUGCUAACCUCAUCGACCGCCGAGAGGAGCUGUCAGUGCGAAAGCCGUUUCAUUUCGCCACUGUUCUGUAUUUUGGUGCCUAGUGUGGUGUACAGUGUCUUCGAGCGCUUUUUGUUUUAUUUAGGUACAAAUUAAAAGUAUAUUUUCAGGAUGCCUUCAGCAGUACCGCCCGCCGAAAAUGGCGCGCCGCGCAGCGAGCUCGAACAGCUGCAAAUGCGAGCUGGUCAGGUUACUGACGAGUCGUUGGAGGCCACGCGGCGUAUGAUGCAGCUAUGCGAAGAGAGUCACGAGGUGGGCAUGAAAACCCUGGUCAUGCUGGAUGAACAGGGCGAGCAAUUGGACAGAAUCGAGGAAGGUAUGGACCAGAUCAACGCGGACAUGCGCGAGGCCGAGAAGAACUUGUCCGGCAUGGAGAAGUGCUGCGGCAUCUGUGUGCUGCCGUGUAACAAGGGAGCUUCGUUCAAGGAGGACGAUGGAACGUGGAAGGGCAACGAUGACGGCAAGGUGGUCAACAACCAGCCGCAGAGGGUCAUGGAUGAGCGCAACGGUAUAGGGCCACAAGCUGGAUACAUAGGAAGGAUAACGAAUGAUGCCCGAGAGGACGAGAUGGAAGAGAACAUGGGCCAGGUGAAUACGAUGAUCGGCAACUUGCGCAACAUGGCGCUCGACAUGGGCUCCGAACUGGAGAACCAGAACCGCCAGAUCGACCGCAUCAACCGCAAGGGCGAGAGUAACGAGACGCGCAUAGCGGUCGCCAACCAGCGGGCGAACAAACUCCUCAAAUCCUAAGAAGCAAUAUAGUAUGCACAACUCUUCUGUUUGUAAAAUGACGCUGCCACAUGUUCAUAUAUUUUUCUCGUACAUUCCUAAACAAUAUAAUUACAAAGUUGUCACAUUCCUAAACAAUAUAAUUUCAAAAUGAACUUUAUAUAAAAUAAGAAAACGACGAUCUCAUGCCAAUACAUAUCUGUUGAAAGUUCCCAUAAUUUUUUUUUGUGAUUUAUACAAAUUCAACGAAAUCUUAAGGGACCGAAAAUAAUAAUUAUGCAUAAGUACAUAAUCUCAAUAUAUCAACAGUUCCUGUAAAUGAAGAUUAAAAUUAACCAAAGAUAUUUUGUAUGAAAAUAAUAUUAUUCUGUAAAGCCCUGUGUAUUUUAAAAAUAGGUUGCCAAAAGAGUAAAAAGUCCUAAGACAUUGGUAAGCGUCAUUUUAAUUCCAACUUUUAAUGUUCCCACAAUAAAUACGUAUAUUAUAUCUACAUGGUAAGUACAGAUACGUAUAUAAAACAAAAAUGCAAUAAUUAUAACUGAUUAUAAUGUUAAGCUAAAAACGUCUUAGAGACAGUUUUAUUGUUGAUCAUCUAGUUCCAUUGUUGACUGCAUCAAAAUUAAUCUUAAUACUGUACUUACCUAUGUUUUAACGUCAUAUUAGUAUGACAUUGCAAAAUUCAGUAGCUUCAUAUUACUUAUUCUCGUCUAAUUCUCAAGUUAGAUCGAUUAGGGGACGCGGCGUGUGGAAGGAAAAUAAUUCAUGAGAUUUCUUAAACUUGAAGGCAUUAAUUUUUUAUAAAAAAUACUUUCCAUCUACCGUACGUUUUACAUACAAUCUAUCAAAAAAAAUCUUGUAUUUGUGUAAAUCUUCUUCUAAAUUAUUUGCAUUUAAUUUUAAGGAUGUGCCAAAUUAAAUUUUUUCCUUUAAUUUAUUGUCGGCCACGACAAAUGAUACCACAGUGCGCUAAAGCUUUAAAACAUAGUUCAAACAUAAAUUCUUGCUCACCAAUAAUACUUUUGCGUCAUACAAUAGGAAUUAAUAUAAAUUUAAAAAAAUGUGCUUAUAUUUAUUGUGAACUGUGCUUAAUAAUAUAAAAUUGUGCAAGAAACAAGACAUAACAAGAAGUGACUCACUUUUUUAAUAUUUGCUAUUAUUUUAUUUUCACAAGCGGUGCUAUUAUUAAGUUUUAUCAAACGCCAGUUUGGUCUAUUAUCUUCCAAAAAUUUAUGAAACAUCGAAAAGUUAUUUAUAAAUACAAGAUAAAUUAUUAUACAUACCUACCUAUGAAUUAGUGAGGUAAUCGUAUAAACAUAGCUUUAUCGAAUAUAAAAGAAGUACAAUCAAUGAUCAAGAUUCAAUAUUUCAAAUAAACUCUUUUUUUUUUAAUAAUUAUCGUGAUGGAAUUCGAUCCCUGGUUAAUUAAUAAAUAAAUGAAGUCUCCGUAUUUAAUUAAUAGUAUUAUUUUAUAAUUAGUUAGGACUUACCUAUCUCCAUUUUAUCUUAAAGUGGAUGGCAAACAGCGGGUCUACAACCCCUUCUACAUCAUCAGUAGAACUUUAUGUGUCUUACAUGUUACGUUGCUUACCUUAAAAGUUCAUUUAAAUAACAAUAACACUUACCUUUACAUUUGGUCGUAGAUAGGGGGAAGCAGGACCAAUCGGUGCUUAGAAACAUAAUUCCUCAUAGUACAAAACCUUGCUGCUACAGUGGUCUUCAGUGGUUCAAGCCUUUGUUGAAUUCGGCGAAUUUUAUUUUUUUUUUCCUCCCGCCAAUUGAACCUACUCCUCCCCCUCCCUAGAGAAAAUCCAUAGCUACGCUAAUGCUGUAAUAUGCUAAUUGUUAUUUAAAUUAACUUUUUCCGUAUGGAUCGUAAUUUUUCGACUGAUGAUCUUACCUAAAGCGAAUAAACUUUCUGUCAACAAUUCCAACAGUUUCCUUCUUUGUUAGAUUAAGAUAACGGUGCCUGAUUGUGUAGUUGGUUUUGUUUAUAUUUUUUAUAAUAGGUACGUAUGUUGCAUUUAGUAUUUAAGUUACAGAUGGAUGGAGUCGACGCUUCUGAUAUUUUCUAUGUAAGUACGCACGUUUAGGCAUAUUAGCCGAACAAAGUGCUAUGUCCACUACAUAUUUUCCAUUAGAAAGCCUUAAGUUUAUCGAUCGUGAAAGGCUCAAAUAUGGAUGCACGGGAAACGUGUAUUUAUAUGUAAUGUAAUUACAAAAUAUAACGCAAUAGCAUAUAUAAACUAUAUAAUAUAGUUAAAUAUUUAAAUCUCUACGAUUACUUAAAGUGUAUUGUUGUUAAGUACGAUGAUCAAAUGUAUCGGCCUUAGGAGUAAUGUGUAGGAUUGUUAAAGGCAACGGCUUCAAAAAAAUAUAUAAUACUCGUGUACCAGUUAGCGUUAAGAGUUUUUCGGAAAUUUCUCUAUGUCUUUUUCUCUCGAUCGUAUUAGUUUCUAAGAGUAAUAAAUAUCUUAUUAAAAUAUUUUAUUAAAUACAUAUUUUAACAGUGUUGAUAUUGAGCCGUGAGCACAUAGCUUCGUGUAAGUUGAGCCGUAGCAAUAAGGUGUUAAAGGAACGCGACUAUUUUCGUUAAAAUGAAAUAUUGCAAUGCGCUCAUGGCUCCGUAGAAUUGUUUUGUAACGGCCAUUCAAUUAUCCAAUAGAUGUGUAACUACCGCCUGCAUAAUCUGUAUCUGGUUUUAUUCAGCCUAAACUAUUACAUAGUGUUAAAGUAAUAUCUAUUUUCUUUAAGUAAGUAUAGAUAAUGAAUAGUAUAAAAUGUUAAUUUCUAAUUACAUUAUUGAUUUGUUAAAUUAC